AACGCCAAAAUCGUCGUGAAAAAAAAUAAAUGAGAAAAUUUCUGCGAGAACAUGGAAAAAUCCCCAUGCGCGGAGUCGACAUUGUUUAAAAAAAAUCCAACAAUUGUGUGUACAUCGUGCUAAAAUCGUGGUUACAUUGUGCGUGCAACCAAAAAAUACAACAUAUAUUUUAAGCAGUUUACAUCUUCAUUCGUGCUUCUUCUCUCGUCGUCGGCGGCGGCGCUCGUUUCGUUGUAUGGGCCGUGCGUAACAAAUAAAAUUGCCAAAAAAUCGCGGAAAAUGCACAGAGAGUGUGCGGAAAUGUAAAUAAACGAAAUUCGAAUGAGCAACGCGUGUUUCAGUGUAAUUCGUUUGAUCAAAAUGUAUGGAAAAGGCCCAAUCUUGUGACGACGACGUGCUGCUGCUGCUGCGUUCAUUGACGUGACGCGCGAGUGUGUGUGUGUGUGUUUUGGUGUGUGUUGGCGCGUGGGCCAGUGUGUGUGUGGGUGAAUGUGGCUGCGAAUUGUUGUUAAACCAAAAAUAUACAUACAACAAGAGCCAGCGUGGAAGCAGCAACAAACAAAACACCACAACACAGCAGAAAAAGCAAUACAAAAAUAAGCAUAAAUUAUUUAAUAACAACAACAAGUUGGCCAAAGGAAAAGAAAGCCAACAGUCGCGUGCAGUGCAAAAUGUCUCUCUCGUUUGAGUGUGUGUGUGUUGAGUGUAUAGAAUUGAAUAAGCAGGGGCACACAGCAAGAGGAAAUAGGCAAGCAAAGCAGUAGCUUAGUCCAAGCAGCAACAAGAGGAACGGAACUGUAAAAUACGAAGAUUAAGAAGAAGCAGUAGCGGGCGCCAAAAACCGCCGCGCCGCACAAAUGAAGCAAUCAAAUUUUGUAUAAUUUUUGCACAAAGUCGACAUUUGUCUGUACCCCCCCACCACCACCACCCCACAAAAAAACAACAACAACAGCACAGGGAGCAUAAAUCUUUUGCCAAUGAGUCGCAGACAGUCAUUGGAUCGACCAGGAAUAUUGUCUCCUCCGGGUCCGUUUCUGACGCCCAGUCCAUCGCCAUCGAUCUCAGCUAGCCCACGUCUGCAGCCAUCGCCAUCGCUAUCGCCGUUCCCACAGGAUGUGGUGCUCGUAGCCGGUGGCAGUCAAGUAAACGCCAACAGCAAUCAGCAGGACCACGAGCGCAAGGCGGCGACGCCUGGCAGGCGACAGUCCAUUCAUCAGUUCGCAAAUGGCAGCCCGAAUGCUGGAACCGUUGUCUUCCAGCCGAGCCCCUCGCAGUCACCGGCGGCCGCUGCCACGACGGUCAUUGGCGUGACGAGUGGUGGCCUCAUCGCCGCCUCUGGAGUGGGAGCGGGAGCAGGCAAUGCCAUAGGAAACGAGCUUAAUGCCACCCUCGUCGGCUCCAACAAUAUCCAGCUUAAUAAGAAGGGCAAUAAACGUCUCAGCCAGCAUCAGCAGCAGCUGGGACACCAGAUCUUCAGCAGCCAGGCCGUUGCGCCCACCUCCAUCAGCAGCGUAGGGACAGUAGCCGGCGGCUAUGGGCAACAACUCAAUGCCACGGCCAUCAGCAUCAGCAGCACGCCCACUUCGUUUGCGACGGCAAACGUGGUCAGUAGCGGGUCCAAGAAUCAGGCGAAGAAGGCCGCCCAGACCACGGUGGUGAGCCAUCAGCAGCAGCAGCAUCAGCAGUUCCAGCACUACCAGAGCAGCAGUCCCCUGAUAGCGGACAGCCCCAUCCCGAGUCCGAGCAACGCCAUCGCUGCGGCCUCCAUUAAGCCGCCAACGCCCCAGCCACAACCGCAUCCGCAGUCCAUGCAGAUGCUGCCCCAGCAGUUUACCAUCACGGGCGGCGCCCAGCAUCAUCCGCACGCGCAGCAGGCCACUCAGCAAGUGUUCCAGUUCAUCCAGGGGCCGCAGGGCCAGCUGAUAGCCACCACCACCACCCAGCAGCAGCAGCAGCCACAGCCGCAGCAGCUGCAGCAACACCACCAGCAGCACCAACAGCAACAGCAGCGGUUUGUGAGCAGCAAUGCAGGGAUUGGGCUGUCCACAAAGUCGGGGAAGGCGCCCCAGCAGAUCCUGCCCAAGCCGCAACAGGAGCUCCUGCAGCAGCAGCAGCAUCAGGGCAAGGCCAAGGGCUCCAAUGGAGGGCAGAUCUCGCAGUCGCCGCAACAGCAGCACCAGUCCACGAAUCCCGGCCAGCAGCAGCAACAGCAGAUCCUUUUGCCUGCUGCUGGGAACCAGCAUCAGCAGCUGCUCCUCAACCAGAUGCCCGUCCUAGUGCAGCAGAACCCCCAAGGGGUGCAGCUCAUCCUGCGCCCGCCCACGCCCCAGCUGACGGGGACCCCCUCGCUGGUCAUCCAGCAGAAUGGACGCGGACAGCCGCAACUGUCGCAGCCGGCUCAGCAGCAGCUGCUGCGCAUAGUCGGAACGAAUGGCGCCACCAUGCAGCUGGCUGCGGCGCCCACCUUCAUCGUGUCCUCGCAGGCGAACCUCAUCCAGCAGACGGCGACGGGCGGUCACUUCCAGAGCGCCAUCAAGACGGGCACACAGCUGUCGGGCCUCCAUGCGGCUCUGGCCCAGGCCCAGGCGCAAGCACAGGCGCAGGCGCCACGAUCUCAGCCCUUUGCCACGACGGCCACCCUGAACACACAGCUGCUGGGCCAGAGUGUGGCCCAACAACUGCAGAACCUCCAGCUGGCGGCCGCCGCCCAAAUUCAGAUGCCCAACGGCCUGACGGCCAUCUCUCAGCUGCCCGCCCACCUGCAGCAGAGCCUGGGCGGGGCCACCAUCAACCUGAAUCAGCUGAACGGAGCGCACAUCCAGCAGAUAGCCACCGCCUUCCAGCAGCCCCAGCCACCGGCUUCCAAUGGCCCCACCAAUGGCGGCAGCAACACCGCUGGCCAGGGCGACAUCUUCACCCAAUCCUCGCCUGCCCACGUCCCGGUAGCCGUCACACCCGAGCCCAUGCGGCAGGGCACCCCCGUGCCGGUCAUGCAGCACCAGCAGCAGGCGGCCAUGGCCACCAUUCAGUUGCAGCAGCAGCAACAACAGCAGCAGCAAGCCCAGAUCCAGCAGCUGCAGCAUCAGUUGCAGCAGACGCAGUCGCAGGUGCAGCAAGCCCAGCAGCAGCACCAGCACGCCAACACCACCAGCACCGCCACAGUGGUUGUGGCAGCGACUCCAACUCCGACUCCAACUCCGGCAGAGCCCAAGAAAAAGCCGCGACCACGCAAAAAGAAGCCCACAGCGGCAGCAGUAGCGGCGGCAGCGGUGGCAGCCGCAGCGGCGGCAGCGGCAGAUCCACAGCCGCAGAAGAUAGCCAUAGCCACCACGCCCACGCCGACAGCCUCCGCUCCACAGACUGCAGUGCGCUGCAAGUCACCGUCGCCACCGCCCACCCACAUUCAGAGGAGCAGCAACGGGAAACUGGACCUCGGGGAUGUGAUGAAGUUCUGCGGCAUAACGGGAGACGACGACGAUGACGAGGACUAUGGCAUGGGCAUGGACACGGGCAGCGAACAGCAGCAGCAGCAGCCGGAACAACAGCAACAGCAGCAGCAGCAGUCUGGCUCCAAUGAUAUCAUGAUCUCUAUACCGAACCAAAACGGCAGCGAUGGCAUGCCCUUUACGCUGACAAUACCCGCGCCACAGCCACACGGACAGUCGCUGCCGUCGAACGAAGCCACCGAAAUACCAAAUAUCCUCAUUAAGAUUGAUCCCAGCGAUCCCUCAGCCGCUUCCGCAGGAGCUGGAGGAGCACUCUCCUCCGCCACACCGUAUACCCUGUCCACGCCACGUCUGCCAACGGCCGAAGAGAUCCAGAGGCAGGCCCAGCAGCAUCUGGCGCAGCAGGCAGCAGCAGCCGCUGCUGCAGCAAAGAGUAGCAUACCCCCAGCAGGAGCAGCAUCAGCCACGACAGUUGCAGCAGCAGCAACCGCGGGAACGGGCACGGGAACAGCGCCCACCAUUAGCAUAAGUCUGCCGUUGCAGCCAACGCCCGCACCAGCGCGUACGCCCACGCCCACACAGACGGCCCAGUCCAUUGCUGCGUCGCUUAGCUCCUCUGGCUCGGCCACGGCAGCGGUGAAGCCACGCAGGAAGCCCGCGGUGCGGCGUAACACCAAGAAACCAGAGGCUGCGCCUGCCACCAUAUCCAUGAGCAGCAGCAACCACUCGACGAGCAGCAGCACCACAACGAUAAGCAGCAGUCUGAGCAGCAGCAGCCUGAGCAGCAACAGCAGCAUGUCCACCACCGUCAACACCAUCACACUGACGACACCCACAGCAACGACACCUGGGCCAGUGCCCGUGUCAUUGUCGCUGCCUCUGCCAGUCCACAGCAGCAGCAGUAGCGGGAGCAGCGGAAGUACCUCCACUUUGAUGCUCUCCCAUAGCCUAGGGGGCAGCACCACAACGACAGUGCCAAGUCAGAUUGGAAACAUUCAGAUCUCGCAGGUGCAGAACCAUCAGCAGUCGGGGGUUCCCUUGAACACUGCAGUGGUGGAGAACAAGAUACAGAUUAUGCCCAUUAUGCCGCCAGGAGCCACUGUGAUGGGGGGAACACCACAGCAGCAGCAGCAGCAGCACAGCCAGCAUCCAGCACAAGCCACCGGCAAUCAUCAUCAUGCGACGCAGUUGGUCUUUCAGGGAACUUCUUCGAUGGCAAAUGCAGAAACCUCCCACACGGCCAUCAAGAUGUCCAACGAUGGGCGGCACAUGCAGCUGGUGGCCAUACCACAGGCCACACCGCCUGCCGGCACUGGCAGUGCCUCGUCGCAGACGACGACACCGACGGCCGUGAUGACGGCUGGUGGAGCCACCAUUAUGGCGCCACAGCUGACGGGUGGAUCGACAGCCUCGGCGGCUGCCGCUCUGGUGCCGCAGCUGACGGGCAGCCUCACGCUGGCCGUUUCGGAGCAGUGCGAACGUCUGAUACUGCGGCACGAUCCCAACAAUCCGCAGGAUCAUCAGUCGCAGCUAAUACUGCAGGCCCUGCUCAAGGGGGCCCUGCCCAAUGUGACGAUCAUCAAUGAGCCAGCAAGGAUGCCGAUGGAUGGCGGCAAGCAGCAGCAGCAGCAGCAACAGCCACAGAUGCAGCAGCAGCAGCACCCACAGCAACAACAGCAGCAGCAACACUUGAUCAAAGUAACAGCAGCAGCAGCACCCAAAAUAGAGGUCAAAGUGGCCAACAAUCGGAAGCACAACAACAGCAUGACGAGCACAAAUACGACGACAACCACCAUGAAACCACCACCGACAUUGCCUCCUCCUCCGGCGGCGGCGGCAGCCACAAAGACAAACCACGAAGUGCUGUCCUUUCCCCAGAUGCCGCUCAACAGUCAAGUGCUCAUCCAGCAGCAGCAGCAGCAGCAACAGCAACAGCCCCAGCCCCAGCCCCAGCAAGCGCCUGUUCCUGCUGCUCCUCCAGCAGCAGCUCCUCCCCCUGCCGCUACGAACAAUGGACAACAGCGAUACAUUGCCCUGCCGCCCAUUGAUCCCUCCACGCAACAGCUGUUCUGCCUGAACAGCGUCACGAAUCACAUCACGGCCAUGAGUGCCGGACAGACGGCAGCCUCGAUUGGACCCACAGAGCGGCUGCUGAUUGCACCCGCGGGCAUCAAUGCCCAGCAGCUGGCGCAGUGCCUCCAACUGGGGCAGCUCCACUUUAACGAUGUGAAUCCGAUGCCAGCACAGCAGGCAGGAGCAGCAGGAGCAACGCUUCCACUGAGGCCACAGCCACCGCAGCAACAGAUCGUCCAUCCGAUCCAACCUAUCACCAAUGGACUGGCCAUCACAACGACAGCCAGCUGCACGCUGACUACGACCACGAGCAGCACCUCGACCACCACCACGGUGACCAAGCAAGUGGCCAAUGUGGCGCCCAUCAUUGACCAGAGCAAGGCAAAGCUAGAGCCGGCCAAAACGGGGGGACCGGGUCCGGCGACCAGCACGGGGGCCAUCGUGAAGAAGAAGCCUGUGCGCAAGCCCAAGGCAACGCCCACCGCUGCAGAGCUGGCGAUCCUGAAGAAUGCGGGUGUGGUGAAGCCCAUGCCGAAGCUGGAUCCGUUGUCGCAGAAACCGAACAACAAUCCGGUGCAGAUCGUGCAGCCGAAUGUGGCCAGCGGCAAGCAGAUGAUUGUCAUCGGAAGCUCCGGAGGUGGACAGACCACAACGACAACAACUACGACGAUGAGCACCAGCAUCCAGCCGUUUCAGACCACAAGUGGGACGAAGCUGGUGGGCGUCACAGCGCCCAUGCAGCAGCAGCAGCCAGUGGCGACGAUCCUGCAACAACAGCAGCAGCGGACGACGGGCUUUAGCCUGACGGCCAGCACAGGAGCUGUCAAUGCAGGAGCCACUAUUGCAGCAGUAGCAGCAGCAGCUCCGGUGGGAAAUCUAUUGCAAAUGCAACAACAACAGCAGCAGCAGCAGCAACCCCAACAGCAGCAGCAACAGCAGCAGCCGGCUCAGAUCCAACAACAGCAACAGCCGCCGGCACAGGCACCGAAACAGCCUCAAGCGAACACCGUGUCCCGUGUGCAGACGAUCCAACUGACGCCACAGAUGCAGCAGGUCUUCAAGCAGGUGCAGAUGCAGAUACAGUUCCUCACCUUCAAGCUGCAGAACAAGUCCUUUCUGCCCACGAUGCAUCUCUCGCAGGAGAUGGACACGGCCACGAUAGCCGCCUACAACAAACCGAUGAGCGAUGCGGAGAUCAAUCUGGCAUUGCAGCGACUCUUUGCGGAUCAGCACCGCAUCCUGUCCUCCGGCAAGGAGGUGCCCACACCCGAGGUAAUGCUACCGACAGCCAACGGAAGCUUUAGUCUGAUUCCACAGGCGGUGCAGCAGUCGCAGCAGCAGCAGCAACAACAACAGUUGCAGCAGGCAGCCGCUGAGCCCCUGAAGACGUCCGCCUCCCUCUCUAUUCCGGCCAAUGUGGUGCAACCGAACAACCACUCGUCCACCACAACAGGAACAACAGGAGCAACAGGAGGAUCAGUGGCAGCUGCGCAGCAGCAGCCACAGAACAUUACCCAACGCAUACACAUCUAUCCGAUGCAGCACCAACAGCAGCAGCAGCAGGCCAACAAGCAGAAGCAACAACAGCAGCAGCAGGCUCAGGGUCAGCAAAAGGCAGUAGCCACAAACAGCAGCAUGCCACAGCAGGUGGCACAACAGGAGCAGCAGCAGCCUCCUCAAUCUCUACAGCUGAAGCUCAAGGAGCCGCCUGUCAUUCGAAACAAAGGGAAUUCCAAUGCGUCCACUCAACAGCAGCAGCAACAACAACAACAACAACAGCAGCAUCCACCGAACGGAGCCAUCAAUAUGCUGCCACAGAAAAGCAUCACCAUGUUGCCACAGCAGCAACAGCAGCCGCCGCUCAUAAAGAGUGGUCCGCCUCCGCUGAUCUUUGCAAGCUCCACAAAUCUAUUGGCCAGCAGUAGCAGCAGCAGCAGCAGCAAUAACAACAGCAGCAUAAGCAACAGCAACAGUAGCAACAGCAACAGCAAUAGCAACCACAGUGGCAGCAACAUGAUGCAUGUGGCAAAUAUGCUGCCAAUGCCACCAUUGCAGCCUCAACAGCAACAGACGCAGCCGCAGCCACAGACACAGCCACAGCAGGUGCCACAAUUGCAGCCACAACAGCCACAUCAGCCACAACCACAGCUAAUGCAACAGCAACAGCAACAGCCACCACCAUCAACGGCUCUUCCAAUUCCAGUCCUGCCAGCACCUGUGACAGCACCAACUGUGCCCCCAGUGGGAGUGGGAGUGGGCAUGGGAGUACCAGUACCAGGAAUUGGAAAUCUGAUGCCCACUCUGCCGACACCCGUGUUGCCCAGCCUGCCCCUGUUUAUGCCACCAAAACUGGAUGAGCUGCCGCCGCUGAAGCCGAAAAUUGCACGCCUCUCCUUGUUCGUGCGCCAACUGGAGGUGGAUCAGGAGAGCUGCCUGAAGCCGGACUAUGUGAAGCCAUUCCGCACCAAAGAUGAGGCUGUCAAGCGAUUGAUUAGGUACCACUGCAUGCACGAGAAUGAUAUGGAGCUGCCCUCCGACGAGGAGGAGGAGUUUGAGGCCACUGCUCUGGGUUUCCAGGACAAGUUUCGUCAAUUGAAUGGAAAGUUCCAGGAGAUCCUCAUGCAGGAGUCCACUCUGCCGCAUCGCACCUCAGAGUUCCUGCAAAUGCAACAGCUGAUGAUCGAUGACCUCAAGGGGGAAAUCAAUGACAUACGCACCGCGGAAAAGGAGCUGGAGCAGCAGCUGAAGGAGGAGCAGACCAGCGAGCGAUUGGCCACGCCAGAGAUAAAGGAGAAGAUCAAACUGGAGCCACAAACCGAGGCAGCUGCAGUUGUGGAUACAUUUGAUAUGCUCAAGAACAGCGCCGAUGUGAACAAGGCCUUCAGCAAGUCGCAGACGCAGUUGCAGUCCCAUCCACAGGGGCCCGCGGCAGCAGCAUCAGCAACUGUAAAGCAGGAGGCGGUGGAGGAGGAGCAACAGCAGCCCACCACCAAUGGCGAGGUGAAAAGAGAGGAUUCGAGUGGCAGAUAUAUCAAAAAGGAUUACGGACACUUUGAUAUUGAGUCGGAGCUGCAGACCAGCUUCAUUCUGAAGAAGAUCGAAGCCAAGGCAAGGGCCAACCAGACGCCCUAUGGGGAGCAGCAGCAGCAGCCACAGACACAACAGCAGCAACAGCAGUCCCUGCAACAGCAGCAGCAGCAACAUAUCAAAGGCAAUGGCGUGGAUCACAAUGUGGAGCAGGAGGAUGGCUGGUAUUGCCUUCAAAAUGAACUCAAUCUGAUGAACAGCGAGGGAUUGCCGCCACAGCAGCAGCAGCCGCAGAUGAAUGGUGGACAGCAACAGCAUUGUCCCAUUAAUCGCCAGCAGCAGCAGCAGCAACAUUUCCUGGACACCUCCAAUGGCAGCGGAAUGAUGAACAGCAGCAGCAAUCAAAUGGGCGAUCUAUUCCCUAAUGGUUGCAUCGACAAGAGCAACCAGAGCUCGACGAGCAGCAGCAACAGCAGCACCUGCGGCAGCGAAAACAAUGCGCCCAGCGCCAGCGUCGAUCCCAGCAAGCACAAUUCGAGCAUUGGUAACUCCUCGUGCAGCGGACAACGCCAGCAGCCAGUGGCCAUGGAUGCAGCGGAACAGAACCAGCAUCCGGCUAUCAGUGAGUUCUUCAGCAGCGACUCGGAUGUGCAAAAGUCGGUGGAGACGCGCCUUGAGGCAAUGUUCGGUGAGUCGCCGGUGCAUUUGGAUGUGAAGAACAGCAGCGAUGACCACGACAUUGAAUCGAAUCUGGACGAGAUCUUUGGCGAUUCAAAAUCCCCAGAGGUCAAGAGUAAAUUGAACAUGUGGGUGCCAGAUGCCAGCUUCAUGCAGCAGCAACCGCAGCAGCAGCCACAGCCACAGACCCAACAGCAAUAUGCAGGACCACAGCAGCAGCAGCAACCAUCACAGCAGCAACAUCACAUCGAAUUGAACUGCAACAAUAAUCCGAGGUGGAUGCAGAGCAUGGAGGCCCACUACAGCGACUUUAUGUCCAACACAAGCACCAGCAAUGGCGAUGGCCCCAGCACACAGGGCGGACUACUGGUGAAUGGGGUAGAGUCGCGCAAGCGGCACUGGGACAGCCAGAUGAUGGGCUCCAGCAGCGAACUGGAGGACGACAACAGCAGCAAGCGACUGUGCACGGGCUCCUCCUCGUCGUCAUCGCCCAUGUCCUCGCAGCAGCAGUUGGUGGUGGCGCCGCAUGGCCUAAUCGAUCCGGAGAUGCUGCUACACGAUGGCAUGGGCGUGGAGCCGGCCAAUGGACCCGCGGGAUUCUCUCAGAUGUUGCACCAGCAGCCGCAGCAGCAACAGCAGCCACCACACAACUUUGCCAAUCAUCAGGCCUACGCCAGCAUGAUGAGCACCCAGCAACAGCAACAACAACAACAACAUUACCAGCACAACAUGCAACAGCAACUGCAGCAGCAGCAGCAGCAUCCCCAGCAGAUGCACGUGAACCACUUGGGCGGACAGCCUGUAGUGACGGGGGAGUACGACGACGACAUUAGCCGGCAUGUGGCCAGUGCCAUUGACAGCAUACUGAACCUGCAGAACAGCGCCGACUCGUUGCAGUUCUCGCUGGGCUCGAUCCUGGGCGACAGCAUGCUGGAGGAUCAGCGGCAGGGAGCCCAGGCCAAUCUUCCGAGCUGCCAGCAGGAGCAACUACAGCUGGCCCACCAGCGUCGCCGCCAGCUGGGCGAGGAGAUGAACGACUGCCUGAUCAGCGGCGGGGGAUCGGCGGCCAAUGCCGUGGCGGAUAACAGCAGCAACAUCCUGCUGGAGCACCACCACCAGCACCAGCUGCAGAUGCAGAGCCACACCGUUGGCCAGCCGCCGCAUCUGCAGCACCAGCACCACCAGAGCAUCGGACAGGCCCCCUCGCAGCACUUGGUUGGGCAGCUGAAUGACUUCAGCUGCGUGGCCGCCAGCCUCGACGACCCCGUCAAGUCGAUAAUGACCUCUUGACUUGGGCUCACUUCCAGCGCCAGCGGAGGAGGCGGAACAGCAGCGGCCCCAACAUCGGCAGCGGAGCUGGCCAACAGCCUGAUCCUCGAGUUCAAUGCCACCACCUUGUGAGCGUGGGCUGACAGCGACUUAAUGAUUGUAUAGAAAAAACCCAACCCCCAAUACCCCAAAAUAACCGUUACAAAAACCCAAUUUUAAUCUGUUUCGAGUUUUGUCCGCUUUUAUUUUAGAGCCUAAGUUUUUAAAUUGUAGCUUAAAUUAUUUAUACUUAUUCUGUUUGUAUUGUUUAGUCCAAUAUUCUGUACAAAUUCUGAACCACUUGCUGAUUAUUGACUACUUAAAGAAACGAGAGAAGGAGGAGAGAAAAGUAGUACCCCUCCCCACCCAAAUACAAGGCCAAGAGAGAAAGAUUGAAAAGAAAGCAAUUGACGCGGUGAAUUGAAAUGCAAAUUAAACGACGAAUAGCAUCCAAUGCUCUCACGGAAAAACAUCCCUAAAAUAUAAUGAAUUAUAUAGUUACACUAGACAAUUUAUAUUCAAAUAAAUCCAAGAGAAACGGGAAACCGGAUAGGAGAAAGGAGAAGGAGGGAAACGAUACGCGCAAAGAAUGAAAUGAAAAGAAAGGAAAAACUGAAUUGGUUGUAUAAUUAAUUCCGUAAUUAAGUUGAACUUGAAGCAAUUCUGUGGAACAAUUGCAAAUCGAAAAUGAAGUCGCCAAUGCCAGUGUUCAUACAUAUAUCAGAGACAGAGGAGCAAUCAAAUCAAUCAAUCAAUCAACCACUCCAAAUAAAUCCUUCCCUUGUAUUACGAGUAUUACUAAAGAGAUUGUGUAUAUAGUUUCAGCAGUUUCAGGAAUAUAUGUUUAUAGGAAUUUUAACAGGAGAAUGCAGAUACGUAAAGCGCUUUCCAUAUGACUGCUUCUGAUAUUACCACUUAAACAAACAAAACAAAAUACAAAACGUAUGGCAGUGUGCUCAAUUUGAAUGAAAUGAAAAGUAGGAAGGAGAUGGAGCAUAGGAGUAUAAUAUUUCGGCAAUGCUAUGGAAAGAUCUUAGGGAUUUAAACGAGUAAAUAAACGUACAGCAGCUCUGGCAAACUACGAAGCAAACCAAAAGCAGUUCAAAAAUCACAAUUUUAGCCAAUUUAGUUUAAACAUUUAUAAAUUAUUGAAUCUAUAAUGUAAUAAUACAUACUAUCUUUCUACACCUCAAUGGAACGAAACGAUGAUGGAUCGAUGAUCGAUGAUGAGAGAGGAGGAAGAAACAAAAUGGAAAUUUAACGAAUCGUAUCAAUUGUAUCUUGAUCUUGCGACAAAUCUGAAUUGUGAUUUGUGCCACGUUUUAAAUAUAGAUGUCUGAUUAGCUUGUAAAACAUUAAUAAUAACUACAAUUAAAAGUCUUAAACACAGUAAGCAACUACGAAGUUUAUCCAAAAACAAACAAAACAAAAACGAAUCAAUGAAAGAGCAAAGCAGUUGUAAAUGUUUCAAAGCAAUUACAAUACUAACUACUACUUUAAUACCACCACUAAAAAAUAAAUUAAAAAAAAAAACACCUACUACGAUACGUACUUCCAGACGGACAGAAUGGAACGGAAGGGAAGGAAUGAAAUGGAAUGGAAUGCUUGUAUUACGUAUAGUCAGUAAGGGAACUACUUUCAAGAGGUAUCAUUAUUCUAAGAUGUGCUUCAAUAUAUUCGGGCCUCCAUGACCCCCAAUGAUCCACAUCCCCUAUCCCUCCCAUACUAUGUCCCUUUAUGUGUUGCUUCAACUGGAACUUCCACCACUUUCUAGUUAUUAUUCAAAGACAAAUAACUUUCGUGUAAAAAAUGUACAUGUAAUAGAAUAAUUUAAGUUUGGAAAAACCUCAAAAACUGAAUAAAUUUAAAUCUAUUGCUAGAUUAUUAAUGCGAAUUGUUUUAAGUUGUAUUUAGAACAAGAUCAAGAAACUCAGAUUCCCCCACAACCGACACUCGCCACCCAGACCCCACCCACCCUUUCACCCGUUCAUCAUAAGAAUUGUUCAGCUAAAAAUGUGUCUAAAUGUAAUUUAAAAACAUAAAGAGAAAAACUAAAGAUUUUUAAACAAAACAGCAUCAUCUUCAUCAGCAUAGGGAGAGAGAACAAAAAAAAAAGUGAAACCAGAAAGUAAUAAAAACAGUUUAAUAUUUCAUAGUUUAUUAAGCCCAUCCAUUCAUAGUCGUCAUAAACAUUAAGUACAUAAAAAACUAAACUAAUAUAUCCCAAUACUCUUUGAGUAUCGGGUAUAACGAAAGUGGAAACAAAAUACAACACAUAAAAUCUCACUGAAAACGAAACGAAACGCAACAAGUAACAGAGAAAUCAGAGAAAAACACAAGCUAAAUAAAAAGAAUGAAAGAAAAGUGAAAGGGAAAUGCAAUCAAAGUUCAUGCAUUUCAUGCACGUUUGUACUGGGUGACAACGUUCUUAGGAAAAUAAAGAAAAUUCCAUACAAUUUUAAAA